UGGGGAGCUGAAAGGAAGAGCUCAUGACAAACAGACGCCUACCCAUGAUGAUUCCACCAUCUGCAACAACCCCUGUCAGCGAUGCUGCACUCUUACCAAGCAUGGCUUCUCAGGAAAUCUGGAGGUCACAAGUUCCAGGCUAUUCUGGAUCGGUCACACGGCACAUAAGUCAUCGGGCCAAUAACUUCAAGAGACAUCCGAAAAGGAGAAAACACAUCCGCCCUUCGCCGCCACCACCGCCAAAUACUCCAUGUCCUAUUGAUUUGAUUGACUUUGGGGAUCUCCAGCCUCAGAGGUCUUUCCUAGAACUCCUGUUUAAUGGGUGCAUUCUCUUUGGACUCGAGUUCAGCUAUGCCAUGGAAACAGCCUAUGUUACCCCUGUGCUGCUUCAGAUGGGGCUUCCAGACCAACUGUAUGGAAUGGUGUGGUUCAUCAGCCCUAUAUUAGGGUUCUUGCUACAGCCUUUGCUGGGGGCCUGGAGUGACAGAUGCACAUCAAGAUUUGGGAGGAGAAGACCUUUCAUUCUGGUCUUAGCAGUAGGAGCAUUGCUCGGGCUCUCACUUAUGCUGAAUGGCAAAGAUAUAGGGAGUGCCUUGUCUGACGCUGCAAAUAACCACAAAUGGGGGAUCAUUCUUACAGUCUGUGGUGUUGUCCUCAUGGACUUCAGCGCAGAUUCAGCAGACAAUCCCAGUCACGCCUACAUGAUGGAUGUAUGCAGCCCAGUGGAUCAAGACAGGGGACUCAACAUCCACGCUUUGUUAGCAGGUCUUGGAGGUGGCUUUGGUUAUGUUGUUGGAGGAAUACACUGGGAUAAAACCAGUUUUGGAAAAGCUGUGGGAGGGCAGCUUCGCGUCAUCUAUGUCUUCACCUCAGUUAUACUGACUGUCACUACUGUGCUGACUCUAAUUAGCAUUCCAGAAAGACCCUUAAGGUCCUUUAGCAGGAAGAAAAAGGUGAUGAAGAGUCCAAGUCUUCCUCUCCCUCCUUCUCCACCUCUCUUCUUUGAGGAGGGUGUAAAUGAAAACUUUGCUUCUCAUAACUCAGCUCGCUUAUAUGCAAGUUUUACGAGUCCUGUUUCCCCUCUGAGCCCACUCACACCCAAAUAUGGCAGUUUUGUCAGCAGAGACAAUUCCUUGAUGGGAAUUAAUGAGUUUGCAUCAUCAUUUGGGACUUCUAAUAUUGACAGCGUGCUUAUAGACUGUUUUACAGGCGGGCACAAUAGUUACUUAGCACUUCCAGCUAGCUUGCCCAGGCAGACUGUCAGUGUCAGCUUUCCUCGGGUGCCUGAUGGCUGUUACCAAGGAGAAAAUGGAGCUCUGGAGCAAGGGGAGAGCAGCAUAACGCCGGGGCCUGAUGGCGAGGCGCUAAGGGUGGGCUCACUGGAUGCGAUAAAGCCACAGUCGUCGGGGAUCCUGAAAAGACCUCAAACCUUGGCCAUUCCAGAUAUCGUAACAGGACACUGUCCAGAAAAUAGCAGAAGAAGAAAUGUAACCUUCAGCCAACAGGUUGCUAAUAUCUUGCUGAAUGGUGUUAAGUAUGAGAGCGAGCUGAAUGGAUCAGGCGAGACCUCUGAGCAACCACUCUCCAUGAAACUUCUUUGUUCGACCGUCUGCCAGAUGCCCAAGGCUCUUCGUAACCUCUGCAUCAACCACUUCCUAGGAUGGCUUUCGUUUGAGGGGAUGUUACUCUUCUAUACCGACUUCAUGGGAGAGGUAGUGUUUCAAGGGAAUCCAAAAGCACCUCACAACUCAGAUGAGUAUCAGAAGUACAACGCUGGGGUCACCAUGGGCUGCUGGGGAAUGUGCAUCUAUGCAUUCAGUGCUGCCUUCUAUUCAGGCUCGGCGGGCGAGGGCGCGCGGCGGGGGAUGGGCGUUGACAUCUCCCUGCUGAGCUGCCAGUACUUCCUGGCGCAGAUCCUCGUGGCCCUGGCCAUGGGGCCGCUGACGGCAGCUGUGGGCAGCGCCAGCGGUGCCAUGUACUUCGCCAGCCUAGUGUCCUUCCUGGGCUGUCUCUUCUCCUCCCUCUGUGUCACCUACGAGUCGCCGGCCACCGAGGAGCUGCCACCCACUGAGGAGCAGCGCCCGCUCUUGCCUCGUGCACGGAAUGAAUAA